AUGGCUUAAAAUUUAGAAAGUGUCUACAAAGACAUCUCAAGUGUCCUAACUAGAGAAAUUAAAGAGAAAGGAUUGUGGUGUGACUUUGUUGCCAAAGCAGACUAAUAGAAGUAGAUAACCUUUACUAAUUUCGAAGAAGUUGUUAAAAAUAUAAUUAUCGAUAUAAACAUAGAAGAAAUAGUGGCAUUGAAGGAAAAGCUAUUUAUACAAGAAAUUACUACUUUGUCUGCAUUGGCAAGAUAAUUAAAAAUUAACAUAAUCGAUUAAAACAAAAAAAAAACACAGAUCAUCCUCAAUCAAAGCUCAGAUAAUAUGGAGGGUUCCUAAGGAUAAUCGGAGAUGCCAAUUCAAAAUAAUCAGAAUUCAAACAUCUUCCAAUCUCAAUAGCAUUAAUAAGGAAGCUCAUAACACAUCAACAUGUCGAGUUCUUCGAGUCAACGAUCAAUCAAUGUGCAUCAUACUCUCAAUGCUCAAACUGCUCUCAAAUAAGGAGCCAACGAUAAAAGAUCAUUUCAACGACAAGAUUUGUAACAACUUUCGCAACAAGAGAAUUACAUAGAAGAGUAUAAAAAAUAGAUAGCUGAAAAUAAAUAAGAAGAUAAUAUGUCUGAGCACUAGAACAAUGAAGAUCAACAACCUGCCUAAACUUAGCAAUUAAAACCAGUGAGAUUCUAGAAAGAAGUCAAUGAAAAUAAUGAACCUACUUUAGAUUAAUAGAUUGAGGAUUUAUUUAACUCAAUUGAUUCAAAUUAAAAUGGAUGGUUGGAUCCCAAGGAAUUGAAUAUUGCUUUGCUCUAACUUGGUAUCAAUCCCACUCCGCAAGAAUUGGAUUAAUAUUUUCAAGUCUUUGAUAAGAACCAUGAUGAAAAGAUAUCGAAAAUGGAAUUCAAUGUCAUUAUUAAGGAUUAAUUGAUGAAAGCCAUAUUGUCCACAGACGAACUGUUUGCUUAAAUCUAGAGUGAAUAUAAUAUCUUAACAGAUGCCAAUAGAAAUGAGUUGGACAUGGCUCAAUUGCAAUAGGUGUUUAAGAAAUUAGGAAUCUUACUAGAUAAUAAUGAUCUAAUAGAUCUCUUUGAAGAAAUUGAUGAGGAUGGAAGUGGAUUCAUCGAGUAAGACGAACUCAUCAAUUUCUUGGAUAAACCGUUCUCACAACAUACUCCUAAGUCUUAGACACUUCUCACCAAGAUCAACAACUUCAAGAACCUUUCAAUUACAGGGAUAAGAGAACUAUUCUAGGGCAUCCCUAAGAACUUCACUUAUUCCUUUAUUUUUGCUCAGAAUAAAAAGGGUUUGAACACAAUUUCCAGUUGUCUCUCACCUCAACUGGACAGCAGUGGAUUAUUAUAUGAAGAUUUAAAUUUGAUUUAGGCCUAAAAGUACAAUCUUUAAAGAUCCUUAAUUGAUAUGACUCAGACACCUCCAUUGGUCUUUUACGAAAUUAAAUUCCAUUUGGCUGCUGGUUUACCAUCUCCAGAUGAAAAGAAGUGUGAUUUAAAAUCAUUUAGGUUGAGAGAAGUAGCAAUGUGUUUGUUUGAUAAAGUAAAUUAAAAAUUUAUUGGUAAUACAGUCUUUGUACCUUGCUAAGCUGAUCCCUCAUCCCCUGAUAAAUGGCUAUUUUUAGUUGAUUAUCCAAUAAUUUUGAGAUGCGUGCCAACAAAGAAGGAUUAAUAAUUGGUGUUAGUCAUUGAAUUUAUUGCUCAUAUGGAGAAAUUAGGUACUUUGAAUCCACUUUCAGUUAGUUAUGGAGAGAUUCUGUUAACAAGUAUUAAGAAACCAGGCAAAUAGAUCAUUUAGAUGAAUGGUGGUUCUCCUUUUAACUAAAUGGUGAUCGACCCUCAAUCAAUCAUAUAGCCAAAGGGGUUAUUCAAGAAACAACUGAAUCAACCUUAGGUCACAAUUGAGUUCAUGGAAAUCGAAUUGAAGAAGCCUCCAAUCAUUCAACUAUUUAGUGUUUUACCGUAGAGUUAUUUAUUGCCUAAGACUUGGCUUCAAUUGAUGCACGACUUUAGAGAGUAUUUCGCCUACAGAUCGGUGUGCUAAGGGUUCUUUGAUAGUGGUUUGCCAGAUUAUAAGAUGAAGAGUCUGUUGGAUAUGUUGGAUAUGCCUGAGUGUGGGGAUUAGAUUGCGAAUUGGUGGAAUUAGAAUAUCAAGACUAGUAAUUUUAAGGAGUUAAUCAAUUUGGUGGAUGUCUUGUGUUAGAGAGCAUAUUUGACAACGCAGAGAGUGGAUUUCUAUUUGAAGGCAUUUCCUCCGGUGCAGAGGAUAAAUCACAAAUACUCGAUUUUGGAGAAGAGACGUAAUUGUUUACAGGAGAUGUUCAGGGAUUUGGCCACUGUUUUGGGGAAGCGAACAGGAGGACGGAAGAAUGACAAUUACUUUAACAUGGAACCAUUAAUUUUAUGUACUUUGCAGGAAGAGGACAAAUCAAUGAUGGAGAAGAUUCUCAGUAGAAGAAAAAUUAAAUGA